AUGGCUUCAGUACAGGUCCCUCCCGCCGUCCAGCACCCUGGCGCCGGGGGCAUGCCCACCGGGCCAACACAGCAGCAGGCACAGGAGGUGUUCAUGAAGCUCAAGGCGAUGAAGGAGCGCGGCGUCCCUGCAAACGACCCCGACUACAUCAAAGCGCAGCAGUUUCUCUACAACUUCCAGCAGCAGGCCCAAAUGCGACAGAAGCAACAAGCAUGGCUGGCGCAACAACAACAGGCCCAAGCACAAGCAAAGGCCGCCAACGGCGCCGUCAAUGGCGCCCAGCCGCAAAACCUGCAACAACCAACACCCCAGCCGACCCAACAGGGCCUGUCCGCCGGCAUCGGCGCGCCUAAGGGACCAACAAACGCGACAGCGAGCUCUCCCUCCACACAAGUUGCCCCGAGCCACUUCACAACACAGCAGUUGGCUCUGCUGCGCCAGCAAAUCUCAGCGCUAGACGCGGCAGAAGUGAAGGGUGUCGUCUUUUCAUCAGGUCCUGGCGCGGCGGGAAAGAAGCCCCUGAAGGAACCGUCCUUCAAGACGGUCCAUUCGCCGUUCGAGCCUGAAGGCCCAGUCCCAAAACCUAUCAGCUACUUCAACCACAUGAAGGGCGAGAACCGUAUCCUCCUCCCGGCCAUCCUGCCCACUGGCGUUGAUGUCGACCAGCUCAGGCGUGACAGGGAGAUGAGCAUCAAUAACCGGAUUCGCGACAGGUACCACGAGCUGAGGAAGCUGCCUGCCAAUUUUGCCCACUGGGACGUCAACUCGGGCGAACUCACUCAACCCGACGACAGCGCCAGGAUCAAGGCCAUCAUUGAGAUGAAAUCUUUAGGUCUCUACAAGAAGCAAUGUCUCCUGCGAGACAGGAUCGGGAAGAGUAUGAUGGCGUACGACAACCUCGCCAUGACGACAAACCGCAGCAACUACCGUCGCAUGAAGAAGAUGACGGUACGCGAGGCACGCAUUACUGAGAAGCUCGAGAAGCAGCAGCGCGACGCCCGCGAGAGCCGUGAGAAGAAGCGCCAUGUCGACUUCCUCCAGGCUGUCAGCCAACGUAGGAACGAGAUGAUGCAGACGACCAACGGUCAACGCAACAAGUCGAACAGGCUCGGCAGGCUCAUGAACACCCAACACACCAACAUUGAGAAGGAGGAGCAGAAGCGCAUUGAGCGCACAGCCAAGCAGCGUCUGCAGGCCUUGAAGGCCAACGACGAGGAGGCUUACCUGAAGCUGCUCGACCAAGCCAAGGAUACCCGUAUCACCCACCUUCUCCGACAGACCGACGGUUUCCUCAGGCAGCUCGCCGCAUCCGUCAAGUCACAGCAGCGCAAGGCAGCUGCCGGCUACGAUGAAGAAGAGGAAGAGGAGAUGCCCAUGGAGGAUGACAGCGAAGCCGACUCUGACGAAGAAGAGAAGGCCAAGAAAAUCGACUACUACGCUGUCGCCCAUCGCGUCAAGGAAGACGUUACUGAGCAGGCUUCCAUCCUCGUUGGUGGUAAGCUCAAGGAGUACCAGAUCAAGGGUCUUCAAUGGAUGUUGUCGCUAUACAACAACAACCUGAAUGGUAUCCUUGCUGACGAGAUGGGUCUCGGAAAAACCAUUCAGACCAUCAGUCUUGUCACCUACCUCAUCGAGCGGAAGCUGCAAGACGGCCCUUACCUCGUCAUUGUACCCCUGAGUACUCUUACGAAUUGGACACUGGAAUUUGAAAAGUGGGCCCCUUCUGUCACCAAGAUCGUGUACAAGGGUCCACCAAACGCGCGAAAGCAGCAACAGGACAAGAUUCGCCAGGGCCGAUUCCAGGUGCUCCUGACAACCUACGAGUACAUCAUCAAGGACAGGCCGAUUCUCAGCAAGAUCAAGUGGUUCCACAUGAUUAUCGACGAAGGCCAUCGUAUGAAGAACCAAAACUCCAAGCUCACGGCGACCAUUCAGCAGUACUACCACACCCGCUUCCGUCUCAUUCUCACGGGUACACCGCUUCAGAACAACCUGACAGAACUGUGGGCCAUGCUCAACUUUGUCCUGCCCAACAUUUUCAAAUCCGUCAAAACCUUCGACGAGUGGUUCAACACACCAUUCGCCAACACGGGUGGCCAGGACAAGAUGGACCUCACAGAAGAAGAACAGAUUCUCGUCAUUCGGCGUCUUCACAAGGUGCUUAGACCGUUCCUGCUACGUCGCCUGAAAAAGGAUGUCGAGAAGGACCUUCCGGACAAGACGGAGAAGGUCAUCAAGUGCAAGUUCUCGGCCCUGCAGACCAAGCUAUACAAGCAGAUGGUCACGCACAACAAGAUUGUCGUGUCGGACGGCCAGGGCGGCAAGACUGGUGCUCGCGGUCUCAGCAACAUGAUCAUGCAGCUGCGCAAGCUCUGCAACCAUCCAUUUGUCUUUGGCGAGGUCGAAAAUGUCAUGAACCCCCUGAAUAUCAGCGACGACAAGCUCUGGCGUACGGCUGGCAAGUUCGAGCUUCUUGAUCGUAUCCUGCCCAAGUACAAGGCGACGGGUCAUCGCGUGCUCAUGUUCUUCCAGAUGACGGCCAUCAUGGACAUCAUGGAGGACUACCUGCGUUACCGGAACUACCAGUACAUGCGUCUUGACGGCACGACCAAGUCGGACGAGCGAUCGGAUCUUCUGAAGGAUUUCAACGCACCCGACUCGCCGUACUUUAUGUUCCUGCUGUCGACGCGUGCCGGUGGUCUCGGUCUCAACCUGCAGACAGCCGACACUGUCAUCAUUUACGACUCGGAUUGGAACCCGCAUCAGGAUCUGCAGGCUCAAGAUCGUGCGCAUCGUAUCGGUCAGAAGAACGAGGUCCGUAUCCUGCGUCUUAUCAGCUCCAACUCGGUUGAAGAAAAGAUCCUGGAGAGGGCCCGUUUCAAGCUCGACAUGGACGGCAAGGUCAUUCAGGCCGGUCGUUUCGACAACAAAUCGACCGAAACAGAUCGUGAUGCGAUGCUGCGAACCCUUUUGGAGUCGGCCGACUUGGCGGAUUCGGGCGACCAGGAGGAAAUGGAUGAUGAUGAGCUGAACAUGAUGCUGGCUCGAAGUGAUGAUGAGGUGGCCGUCUUCCAGAAGAUGGACGAGGAGCGCAGGAAGGAUGUCACGAACAUCUACGUCGACGGACCUCACAAGAAGGGCAAGCCCCGUCUGCUCACCGACGAGGAACUGCCCGAUAUCUAUCUCGGCGACGGCAACCCGGUGCAAGAGGAGGAGGAGACGGUGCUUGGCCGUGGUGCGCGUGAGCGUACCAAGGUCAAGUAUGAUGACGGCCUGACCGAGGAGCAGUGGCUGAUGGCUGUCGAUGAUGAUGACGACAGUCCUGAAGCUGCCGCAGCACGCAAGCAAGGCCGUAAAGACCGACGCGAGGCCAACCGCCUGAAACGAGAGGCUGGUGUGCAGGUCGACGACUCGCCAACGGCCAGCCGUGCCAGCAGCGAGGAGAUUGAGACACCCAAGAAACGCGGGCGCAAGCCUGUGGUCAAGGCAGUUGAGAAGCGCAAGGCCGACGACGGCGACGAUGAGCCGCCCGCCAAGAAGAGACGCGGUCCGACAGGCCGCGGCAAGGCGGUCUCAUCAGGUGCCCAGUCUGUGCUGGCACAGCAACGCGGCCAGCUCAACAAGAGUCUCAGGUCACUGUUCGACGGCCUCAUGACGCUUGAGGUGGACGAUCCCGAGCCUGUGCCGCCUGAAGACGACGAGUCGGAUCCCGGCAAGCGCAUCAUUAUUGGGCCUUUCCUGGUGCUGCCACCGAAGCGUGACUUCCCGGAUUACUACAUUUUGAUUACACAACCCAUUUCGAUGAAGCAGAUUGAAACCAAGAUCAAGAAGGAAAAGUAUAACAGCCUUAGCGAUCUCAAGACGGACGUCGACCUGAUGUUCUCCAACUGUCAAACGUACAACGAAGAAGCGUCGCUGCUGUACCAGGACGCGCAGACACUACAGAACUUCUUCCACGACGAAAUGGCAAAGGAGCUCGAGAAGCAUCCCGGCCUCAAGGAGCUCGAAGCGGACGCAGGUAGCAAAGAGGCAUCUGUGGCACCGAGCACAGGCGCAGCGACGCCACAGACAUCAGCAAGCGGACCGACCAGGAUCAAGCUCAUAUCUUCUUCGUCGGCGGCGGCGGCCAAGGAAUCAGCCCCGGCUUCAGCGAACGGAGGCGGUAGCGACGCGGAGUAG